GUAAACCAAAAUGGAGAAUUAAUUAAAGAGCAAAAAGGCUUCUACAAGAAGAAGGACUGCAUCAGAUUGAAUGCAAUGGGGAUUAAUACAAAUAGCGGACUAGUACAUGGCGUGAUGUCAAAGUCUCCACAAGGCCAAAUCGUGGAAGAGUAUUUGGGAAUACCAUAUGCAGAUCCACCUGUCGGUGAUUUAAGAUUCGCAAAACCAAAGGCAUACAGAAUGUUUCCGAAUGGUACCUAUAACGCAACAAGCUAUAGAAACUCAUGUUUUGGGUAUAUCGAUGAAACAUUCGGUGACUUUAAAGGAUCAGAUAUGUGGAACCCUAAGAAUCCACUAAGCGAAGACUGUUUGUUCCUGAAUAUAUGGGUUCCACUUCCAGUCAGGCAAAAUCGGACAGUAAUGGU